UCGGCUCAACGCGAGUGUCGUGCUCCUUCGAUCGCUCGCUACACCAUCCUGCUGUGUUUUGGCCACUUGGUUCAACUGUCGCGAUGCCUUGAGUGUCGGAUCGGAGUAAACUCGAGGUGCCGUAGUGUUUCCUCUUCGAAGAACGCCAAACCGAUGGAUUCCGGAUAUGGUAGUGCAGAGCGGAAGUGGUGCCAGUGGUAGCCUUUAACGCAACCACAACCGACACACACGCACGCGUUCACAGCUGGCAGCUGUCAUCGAGCGCUAGCGGUGCCUACUACUAAUACUACAAAUCCUCAGAGUAGUAUUCAAGUGCGGCGACGGUGUCUUGAGUGAACACAACACAAGCCACCAGCCAACUACAAAGCAGUUAUCCGAAAAGGAUGCUCUGCACGGUGCUCGGGACCGUGCUCGGUGUCCUGGUGGCACUGUACGGUCUGUUCGAGCUGCACUACUUCCUGCGGAUGUGCCUUUGCGUGGUGUCGGCCCGGUUUCUCAAGAAGCGGAUGCACAUCCUCGACACAAGCAGCGUCGUCGGUCUCUGCCUUACGAACGAUAUCGAUACGCUGCUGUAUCACAUGAACAAUGCGCGCUACUUACGCGAGGUGGACUUUGCCCGGGUGGACUUCUACGAGCGUACCAGCCUGUACCGGACGAUCCGCAGCAAGGGUGGUUCGGUGGUGCAAGGGGCCACCACCAUCCGCUACCGGCGGUUCAUUCGUCCCUUCACGCGCUUCACUAUCAGUUCUAAGAUCGUUUACUGGGACAAUCAGUCGAUCUUCAUGGAGCACCGGUUUAUCGGAGGUACGGACGGGUUCAUCCACUGUAUUGCGCUCUGCCGGCAGCGCGUUAUGCAGUGUUCGGUCGAGGAUGUGAUGGCAACGCUGCUCAAGAGUGGCCUUAGCUUGCAGCAACCGACGGCGAUGAGUGCGGGAAGCACGAAACGUACCGCACCGACCACCAGCUCGACCGAGUUCCUUGAUAAGGCCGAAGCGGGCACCGGGGGAGGAACACUGGAACCGGCCGUGAGUCUCUCGAAGCCGGACCUACCGCCCGAAGUGUCCAAGUGGCUCGAAUGGAACGAAAUCUCGAGCGCUAGCCUGAGGAGUGAAGGUUGAGAGAAGAGUAGAGCGGUUACUACCACUCCGGUUCACGGACCAACCCAUAUGCACCAGAGCUUCUCUUUUGCGCACCAACACUCUCCUCUCUAUCUUCCUAUCUCUUAUCCUGUCGCCUACUGUUACUCGUUGUCUCGCUUGCUUACCCCUAUCAGCUGUCCAUCCUCUCCUUCUCUGUCUUCUGUCCCCGUAAAAGUACUCUAUGAUAACCGAUUUUCUAUCUAUCUCGUUGUUGAACAGUAGUGUAGUGUAGUAGAGACACUACUACUAGGCUAAAGUAAUGCGAAGAAAAUAAAUAUCUUGCGGAUCCAUGGGAGUCCGUAACAUUGCGCGGAAGGA